UCCUACUUACACCGCUUUUUAUCUGAUUCUCCUUCACUUCUGUUCUUAGGCAGAUUAAUAGGCACCUGAACAGACAAAUAACAGUACUACAUCUCCUUCACACCCUUUUGACAGGCUUUUGAGAUUGUAAAAUUUUUUUUUGAAAAUUAUUAUUGGAAAAAAAGAUUACUGAAUGAUCAGGCGGACAGCAAUUUUUCAGGCUGGAACAAAUMGUUCCUCAGCACUCACAUGAAUACAUUUGUAACUUGUACUUAAAUGCUGAUGGGACAUUUUUUAGAAUGUGAUAAUUGUGAAAUAGCCUGUAGUUUUAUCAGUGUUGGUUGCUGCCCGUUCCUGCAAAAAAAGUUUUAUUGUGAUCAUUAAGUUGCAGGUUUCAGUGGCUGCCCAGUUGAUCCGUUCACUCUAUUGUCUGGGAAUAAAGUCGUGUCACAGAUCAUGGCUCCCUGGCCAGAGGUAGAGAAACCUGAAACCAAUAACUAUAUUGGGGACUCUUCCAAACAAAACCAGAAUAUGGCUGGGAAAGAAGGAGAAAACCACAAAGGCAAUGUGGCUUCACUUGGAAAUAAAGGGGAAAUUCAACCUGCAUUUUCCACAGUAGCUUUGAUAGAUGAGACAAGGCCAGAAGAAGAUGACCCAUGGGCUCUGCCGGAACUGCAGGACACUGGGGUCAAGUGGUCAGAGCUGGAUCGAAAAGGAAAAAUCAUUCGUGUACUGUAUGGGAUAGGGAAGUUCAUUUUGCUACUCGGAUUACUCUACAAUUUCGUCUGUUCUCUGGAUGUACUGAGCUCUGCUUUUCAACUGGUAGGAGGUAAAGCAGCGGGGGACAUAUUCAAAGAUGAUUCAGUGCUCUCGAAUCCUGUUGCGGGGUUGGUGAUUGGAGUUCUGGUGACUGUUAUGGUCCAGAGCUCCAGCACUUCUUCAUCCAUUAUUGUCAGCAUGGUGUCCUCCACAUUGCUGACUGUUCGAUCAGCUAUUCCUAUAAUCAUGGGAGCAAACAUUGGCACCUCGGUUACCAACACAAUUGUGGCACUUAUGCAAGCUGGGGACAGGAAUGAGUUCAGAAGGGCCUUUGCUGGGGCAACAAUCCAUGAUUUCUUUAAUUGGCUUGCUGUCUUUGCACUAUUGCCCAUUGAAGUUGUUUCUGGCUAUCUCUUYCAUCUCACCAACGUUAUAGUUGAGUCCUUUCAUCUUGAAAGUGGUGACGAUGCCCCAGAGCUACUAAAAGUUAUCACAGACCCCUUUACAAAGCUCAUCAUUGAGCUUGAUAAAUCMGUAAUAAAUGCAAUUGCUACUAAUGAUGAAUCAGCAAAAAACAAAAGUCUGGUGAAGAUCUGGUGUGUCACUGAAACCAAUGUGACACUGCAGAAUGUGACAAUUCCACCUUCAGAAAACUGCACAUCUCCUGAAUUUUGCUGGACUGAGGGAAAUACAACAUGGACCCUCAAGAAUAUAACUGAAACAGAGUAUAUCAGUAAAUGUAAACAUAUCUUUGUGAACUCCGACCUGCCUGAUCUUGGCAUCGGUCUCAUCCUUCUGGCUUUGUCCCUGCUUGUUCUGUGCUCCUGUUUGGUAGCGAUCGUUAAGCUGUUAAACUCUGUGCUUAAAGGACAAGUGGCAAGUGUUAUCAAGAAGACAAUCAACACCGAUUUUCCAUUUCCUUUUACUUGGCUUGCUGGAUACCUGGCUAUGCUUGCAGGGGCUGGUAUGACCUUCGUUGUCCAAAGUAGUUCUGUUUUCACAUCUGCUAUUACACCCCUUGUUGGUAUUGGCGUUAUAAGCAUCGAGCGCUCUUAUCCCCUCACYUUAGGGGCCAACAUUGGCACAACYACAACAGCUAUACUUGCAGCUUUAGCAAGUCCAGGGAGUACAUUAAAGUAUUCAUUACAGAUUGCCUUGUGCCACUUUUUCUUCAAUGUCUCUGGGAUUAUUCUGUUUUAYCCGAUACCUUAUACCCGCCUGCCAAUCCGCAUGUCCAAGACCUUGGGAAACAUAACAGCCCAGUAUCGAUGGUUUGCUAUAUUUUAUCUUCUCCUCUGUUUCUUUCUUUUGCCUUUGCUUGUAUUUGCUCUGUCAUUGGCAGGCUGGGCAGUCCUUUUGGGUGUUUGCCUUCCCAUUGCUGCUGCUUUUAUUGCUGUGGUUGUAAUUAAUGUUCUUCAGAAAAGGCGGCCACAUUCACUGCCUGAGAAGCUCCAAAACUGGGAUUUCCUACCUGUCUGGAUGCACUCUCUAGAGCCCUGGGACAAUGUACUGAUGUCUUCACUUGCUUUUUGUGGGAAGCACUGCUGUGGCUUCUGCAAAUGUUGCAAAGUCAACGUUGAACGGGAGGGUGCCAAAGACAACCAGCUAAAAACUAUGGAAGUUUAUGAAAACACCAUGGCUAUGGGUGAUGAAGAAAGAGGUGGAAGAAGGGCUCCAUCUGUAGCUUGUGUUGACAAAACAGGCACAAACAACACAGCCUUAUAGUACUGGAUCCACGUAUAAUAGCAAAGACACAGCAUAGGACAGUCAGGCUCAUCAAAACCACCUUGGACCUUGCACUGAGAACAGAGUGAACAUUUUGUUAGGUUUCUGAUGCCAGUGAUACAUCACUCCUCAAGGAAUGGAGUCAAACAAGCUUGACAGAGUCCCCAGAAAAUCUAUGCUCASUUGCAAAGCUAAUGACAGAUUUGCUCACAGAGGAUCUACUAUGUGGUACCUUCCUCCAAUGUUAUCAGUAGCAAACAAAAGAAAUUCUGAUGUAGUCCCAUGAAGAGAGGGAUGAAAGGAGUGGCAAUCAAUUCAAACUUAAAAACCAAAUAAACAAUGCACUUGUAGAACAGCCUUUCUGACCUACUGACUCAGCAGAAAUUACUUCAUAAUACCUGAAAAGCACUGGAAAAAAAAAA